AUGACAAAUGGCGUAGUUAACGGCUCAACGGGACUCGAGUCCCGCUUCGCCGACCUUGGCCUGAAUAAGACCGCUUAUGUUCCUCCUCACAUGCGGAACUCGCAGCGGGCUGCUUCUUCCCCUUCCCUUUCCAACGGAAACGGCUGGACUGAUUCCCGUUCCUCGACGCCUCCUGCCCGUGGCGGAUAUGGUGGCGGGUAUUCGGAUAGAAGCAACCGCAACAGUGGAUUUAGCACUCCUCCUAGAACUACCAGCAACAAUUGGGGUGGGUCGAGCCCAGCUCCUAACUGGUCCUCUGCCCCGUCACAGCCACGCGAUAACUUUGGUGCGGGCCAUUGGAAAGACGGCAAGCACGUUGUCGGUCAGCGCAACACGCGCUUGGAAAAAGAGCUUUUUGGCGACCCUUCCGACCCCUCCAAACAACACACUGGCAUCAACUUUGAAAAAUAUGACGAUAUUCCCGUCGAAGCCACUGGAGCUCAGGUGCCUGAGCCUGUCACCAUAUUUACUUCUCCUCCUCUCGACCCCGUUCUUCUCGAAAAUAUUGGCUACGCUCGUUACACCAACCCAACUCCAGUUCAAAAGUACUCUAUUCCCAUCGUUGCGGCGGGCAGAGAUUUGAUGGCGUGUGCACAGACUGGUUCCGGCAAAACUGGUGGUUUCCUUUUCCCCAUCCUGUCGGCGUCCUUCUCUCAAGGCCCACGUCCUCCACCAGAGCAAACUAAUCCAGGCUACCGUGGCCGCAAAGCCUUCCCAACCGCCUUGAUUCUUGCUCCGACUCGUGAGCUUGUGUCACAAAUUCACGAUGAAGCCCGCAAAUUCGCCUACCGGUCUUGGGUCCGUCCCGCCGUCGUCUAUGGCGGUGCAGACAUUAAUACGCAACUUCGCCAAAUUGAGCGUGGAUGCGAUCUCCUUAGUGCCACUCCUGGUCGUCUUGUCGAUCUUAUUGAACGUGGUCGUAUCAGUCUUGCCAACAUCAAGUACCUUGUGCUUGACGAAGCCGACCGCAUGCUUGACAUGGGUUUCGAGCCGCAAAUUCGCCGCAUUGUCCAAGGCGAAGACAUGCCAGGUGUCAAGGAUCGCCAAACACUCAUGUUCAGUGCGACAUUCCCCCGCGACAUCCAAAUGCUUGCCAAAGACUUCCUGAAGGACUACGUCUUCCUCAGCGUCGGUCGUGUUGGAAGCACCUCGGAAAAUAUUACUCAAAAGAUUGAGUAUGUCGAAGACCACGACAAGCGCAGUGUCCUGCUGGACAUACUCGCUUCGGGCGGCAAAGAGGGGCCCCUCGAUCUUACCCUCGUCUUUGUUGAGACGAAACGCAUGGCCGACAUGUUGAGCGACUUCCUAAUGAACAACAACCUCCCAGCCACUUCCAUCCAUGGUGAUCGCACCCAACGUGAGCGUGAAAUGGCGCUACAGACGUUCCGAACUGGUCGCACUCCCAUUCUCGUUGCGACUGCUGUUGCUGCUCGUGGACUUGAUAUUCCGAAUGUCAUGCACGUGAUCAACUAUGAUCUCCCCAGCGACAUUGACGACUACGUUCAUCGUAUUGGUCGUACUGGACGUGCGGGCAAUACUGGUGUGAGCACUGCAUUCUUCAACCGUGGCAACAAGAAUAUCGUGCGUGAAUUGGUUGAGCUUCUUCGUGAGGCCAACCAAGACAUACCUCCCUGGCUUGAUACUGUCGCCCAUGAGUCAUCAUUCGGAGGCUCCUAUCGAGGUGGCCGUGGCCGUGGCGGGGGAGGCGGACGUGGAUCUAGUCGUGGGGGCCGUGACUACCGAACCUCGUCUAGCGGCGGUGGAGGCUACAGUAGCGGAGGUUAUGGUGGUGGCGGUGCUGGUGGCGGUGGUUAUGGUGGUGGUAGUCGCUAUGGCGGUGGACCUGCUUACGGAGGAGGCGGGGGACAAGGUGGUGGUGGAGGAUGGUGGUAA